UUUCCUCAUUCUUUUUCCGGUGUUCGAGCUGUACGGAUGUGUUUCUAGUUUCGGAUUUCUGGUUUUAUUAGUGAAAGAAAUCUAUAGGAUACAUAACUGAGAAAAUUGUGUGUUUGUGUAUAAGGUGAAAAGAUAUUAUAGACAAAAUGGAUGGUGGUUUAAAAGUUGAAGGAGUAAAUGGUGGUGCCCCGUUGCCACAGAGGGCUCAAAAGAACAUCCCACAAGGCAAUAAAAAACCCGUGAAUGCUCAGCAGCAAAAGCAAAAUGACGGUGCUGAUGGAGCACCAGCGGAGAAGAAACCACGUUUUAACCAAAAUGGUCCAAAUCAAAACCAAGGUGGUGGAAAUCAAAAUAAGAAUUUCGGAAAUCAGAAUCGAGGUUUUGGUAAUCGCAAUAAUCGGAACCAACAAAAUCAGAAUCGUGGUAACCAGAAUCAGAACCAAGGGAACUCUCAAAAUCAGAAUCAGCAGAACCAGAACAAACAAAAUCAGCAAAAUCAACAAAAACAACAACAAGAUGUGAAGUCGAUAGGUGAUGGCAAUCAGGGCAAUCAGACAGCAAUUAAAAAGGAUGUUGGUCCAGGACCUCAACAACAACCACCACAGCAACAGCAACAACAGCAGGCCCAGCAGCAACAGCCACAACAACAACCUCAAAACCAACAAAGGAAUCAGCAACAAAAUCAACAGAACCAAAAUCAGCAGAAUCAAAAUAUGAACCACAACCAAAAUCGCAAUCGUGGUGGAGGAGGCGGAGGUGGCCCUAUGGGUAAUCAAGGCGGCCCAGGUGGCAAUCUAGGCGGUCAAAAUAGGGAUCGCAGCCGUGGUGGACGAGGUGGUCCCGGUGAUGGGCGUGGGAAUCAAGGCAAUGGCCCCUAUAAUCGGAGUGAUGAAUUCUUCAUUGGGCAACGUUUAAGGGCAAUCGGAGGACCAACUCAUGAAUUGCCACCGGUUGAGGCUACCGAGGAACCUAAGUUCUCUGGCCGCAAUCGUUUAUACGUUGGAAAUCUUACCAAUGAUAUUUCUGAAAAUGAAUUGCGAGAAAUGUUUAAACCAUACGGUGAAAUUGGUGAAAUUUUUUGUAAUGCUGAGAAAAAUUUCACAUUCCUAAAAUUGGAUUACCAUAUAAAUGCCCAGCGGGCUAAACGCGAAUUGGAUGGCACCAUGAGGAAAGGACGUCAAUUGCGUGUUCGUUUCGCUCCCAAUGCUACCAUACUCCGUAUAAAAAAUUUGACACCUUUCGUAUCCAAUGAACUUCUUUAUAGAUCUUUUGAAAUAUUUGGACCUAUUGAACGCGCCAAUGUAGUUGUUGAUGAUCGCGGUAAAUCCACUGGCGAAGGCAUAGUCGAGUUCGCUAAGAAAUCCUCUGCAAAUGUUUGCCUACGUUUUUGCAGUGAGAAAUGCUUCUUCCUUACGGCAUCAUUGCGUCCAUGUGUGGUUGAACCAUUUGAAAUUAAUGAAGAUGAUGAUGGUUUGCCCGAUAAAUCGCUAAAUAAAAAAUCACCAGAAUUUCAUCAUGAACGUGGUGUAGGGCCACGCUUCGCCGAGUUAGGCUCCUUUGAGCAUGAAUAUGGUACCAGGUGGAAGCAAUUGCAUGAAUUGUUCAAAACUAAACAAGAUGCUUUGAAACGUGAACUCAAAAUGGAAGAGGAGAAACUUGAGGCCCAAAUGGAAUAUGCACGAUAUGAACAUGAAACCGAGCUGCUUAGGCAAGAAUUGCGUAAACGUGAGUCUGAUAAUGAACGCAAGAAGAUGGAAUGGGAAAUGCGCGAAAAGCAAGCCGAAGAAAUGCGCAAACGUGAUGAAGAAAGUAUGCGCCGGCAGCAAAAUGAAAUGCAAUCGCGUAUGUUGCGCCAAGAAGAAGAAAUGCGUCGCCGACAACAAGAAAACACAUUGUUUAUGCAAGCGCAACAGCUUAAUUCUUUGCUGGAUCAGCAAGAAGGUUUCGGCGGUAAUAAUAAUGGAGGUAAUAAUUUCGACAAUUUUGGUCGAGCAUCCAACAAUUCACCAUUUGAAUUCAGAGAUCCCAUUUCGGCUCUUUUAGGCAACAGCGGUGGGGGCGGUAAUGGUAACGGCAAUGGCAAUGGGCCAAAUAAUCCACAGGAUACGUUUUCAUUUGAAUUUGGUGGCGUUAACCAAAACCAAGGUGGCAAUCAACGCGGUGGUAAUAACAACGGAAACAAUAAUCCAUGGGAACGAAGAAGACGUUUCUGAGAUUCAGUGUCACCUUAAAUGAAUGUGCGUGAGCGAUUACGUUGUAUUUUUAAUGCUGAAAAAUAAUGAUAAUGAUCGAACAAUUAAUAUGAUUCUACUGCACUGCAACCAAUUUCCACCCAACAAUCACACAAUCAAGCAGUUCUAUGGAUGUUGGAACAUUUAUAAAGAACAAAAACUUGACUCAAAGGACCAUUAUUGAUUGAUCAACCCAAGAUAUAAAAAAAAAAAGAAAACUGGGAAUUCAGCAAAGCGCGUACACUCACGUUUUAAUUAAUAUAACUAUAUACCUAAAUGUACGCUUUUUUAAACGAUUUAAAUUUUAGUGAAAAAAUGUAUUUAAAACAUACAUUCUCAGUAGGCAGGAUAAGUUAUUUGGAAACUAUAAAACGAGUGUAAUAUUUGGUUAUAAAGAUUUUAAAUUUGAAUAACAAUUUAUCAUAGUUGGAAACAAGAAAAUUCAAAUUCAUCAGACGCUCGACAGUUUUAAGAUUUAACAACAAUAGUAUUUAUCGAUAAGACAUCAAACGUAAAGCAUAUUGAGCUUUAUUUGUGGAAAUUGUCUCAUUUUUCCCAUUGCGAUCUCUAAAGGCAUAUUCAACACAAACUUUGCUCGUCUUGACCGUAUUGGAGAAAAAACUGCAUACUUGAGAAAAAACAUUUUACAUAAAAAACAUAUUCAAACUGAGUAGUAAAAAAAUUCAGUUUAAGAGUUAGUUUUAAGAAGUAUUUAUCCAAUAUUAAUUAUGAAGCACAUGCAAAAUCUCAAAAUAUAUUAACAUCGGUUGCUGCAUACCAACAUAUACAUAUAUUGUAUGUUUAUGUGUAAAGUAAAGAAGAAAGCAAGAAAUUUUCCUUCAAUUGAUGCGUCUGUCUACAAUUAUUUUCUCGCGCAAUUCCCAAGUUUUUGUGCGAUGGAGAUUUUAGCUGACGAUUUUGUGAAAUAAAAUUUCGUUUGUCUCUUCUUGCUCUAUAUUAUGCGUGUGUAAUAUUUUUUGUAUUACAUAUUUAGAACAAAAACGGUAAUUUACAUUGAUUUAUGUAGACAAAACUACAACAAUUCUUAGACUAAAAUAUAAUAUAAUACAUGUCCAAAUAUGUGUAA